CGCAGACUCUUCAGUGUGAAGCUCUACGGGUAUGAGGUCUGUUGGUCCAUUGUUCUCAUGUCUCGUCAGUCUCGUCGUCUAUCGUCUCACAACAACCGAAGAUGACCUACCUUUAGUUUCAUACGAACAAUGGCGAGGAAUGGUUAAUUCGACUAAAGGCAAUCAGGGAUCUGGACCUAGGACUAACUUUGUGUGUUAUGAGUGGAAGCAAGAUUUUGGGACCAGACGUGACAUUGCCCUACCUUUUACGUUUACUAUACCACCUGACAUGUCACUUCAGAUUUACAAAUACAGUGGUAGUAAUAGUACUGAAGAAUUUAUUGGCGAAGCUAGAAACUGUGCGCCGUCAACUGCAUUUGCUAUUGCAAUUGCCAACUGCACUGGCUUUAGUGUAAAACUUGUGGGCAAGACAUGUGAGGAAAGCAAACUAUCAAGCACAGUUAUUACUACUUUUUACUACAGCACAAGAAUGGUGUCUGAAUCUCGUUUUGACGAUUGCCAGCGUUCAUCAUGUGGAGAUGCAGCAUGUUUUAGUCUUUCUAACAUCCGUAUGGGUUAUCGUUGCUAUUGCAAGAAAUGGUAUAAUGGGUCAUGUAUUCCAACACCUCAAGCUACUACUAAGAAUGUCAAUACCUGCAAUUGUCCACCUAAAAAUUUUCUUGGAGAGAUAUGCUACUUGGAUGGUCACCACAACAUAACUCAGUCGGAUAGUCCAAAAACAACUAACGGGAUUGUACAAACACCAUCACCUUUUGCUACAGCUAGAUCUGUUACUGCAACUAAACCUUCUGCAAGUACUUCAAAAGGUGAAAGUGGGGGUAGUUCAGUACCUAUAGCAGCAAUUGCAGCUGGUUUAGCCGGUGCUAUUGUCAUCAUAUUGGUGGUUGUUGUGAUAAUCAUACUUUAUCGUCGUCGGUUAAAACAAUCGGAGAGCAGUCGACAGGCAUCUGAAAAUCAAUCUGUUUCAAAGUCACAAUCUAAAUGGAAUGCUGACUACAAAACUGCAACUAGGGAAGGAAUCAGCAGACAUAUUUCUAUGACAUCGGUAAUGGCCGAUGGCAACCAACAAUCCAAUCAGGAGAAAAUGAUAAAUAGUGAUAUGGAUAAUCAUUAUGCCUAUCCGUAUGUGGUUGGGACUAUCCCAAAGCCGUUUAAUACGUAUGAUAGUCCUGAACCUGUUGCAAUUCAAGAAGAACCGUUUUGGCAACCCGGGAAAACCAUAGAGAAAUUAUACGCUCAAUUUGAGGGAAAACGAUUUAGGAUGUUACAUCAGUUUGAUGUUCAGUUGGAGAAAGAGAUUGGCUCAGGAGAGUUUGGCACCGUAGCUAAAGGAUUUUGGAAGACUCCUCAUGGAUUAGCAGUCGUUGCUGUGAAAACUUUGAAUUCAGAAUCAUCUGAAGACAGAGUUCGUUUCUUGCGCGAAGCAGCAAUAAUGGGCCAAUUCAAGCAUAAGAAUGUAGUAGAUCUGAAGGGUGUUGUACUACAAGGAGAGCCACUGAUGAUUGUUCUAGAGUUUAUGACACACGGUGAUUUGAGGGAGUAUUUGCAACCUAUUCGAGAGAGUGGUCAAUGUUGUGUCGAAGGUUACAACAAGACAUUGCUGAGAAUGUCUCGUGAGAUUGCGUGUGGUAUGAAUUACUUAUCAAAGAAAGGUUUUAUUCACAGGGACUUAGCUGUUAGAAAUGUGUUGUUGGAUCGUUCUCUUACUUGCAAGAUUGGGGACUUUGGACUUGCACGAGAUUUAACGCAUAGUGAUUACUACAUGACUCAAGGUGGACGCUUGCCUAUUCGUUGGACAGCACCCGAGGCAAUUGUGUAUCGAAAGUAUUCUAAUGCUAGUGAUGUGUGGGGCUAUGGUAUUGUGUUGUAUGAACUGUUUACUGUUGGUGAACGACCGUAUGGCUAUGUGUGGAGCAAUAAUUUUGUGAUGGAGUCUCUACAGAAAGGAUACAGGUUAUCGCCUCCACCGGGGUGUUCAUUGCCUAUGUAUCGACUCAUGAUAAAUUGUUGGCAUCCAGACCAUCAUCGACGCCCUACAUUCAAUGAUAUUUGCUUGAUUCUUGACGUCGAUGAGGAACAACUGUUAACAAAUCGUCCUACAGAUGAACCUAUUCGAGGAAACUUAGGAGAUCCCAUUGACUCUCUAGUUGACUUAUAUAUGGAUUUACAAACAACUUAUCAGAAAAAGAAGAACUCUUUGUACAAGCGUAUAAGAAUGCAAUGCUGCCGUACCCGGCGUAACUGCACACCGUGUGUAUGCAAAUCACAGUCUUCACCUACAGAUGAUUGUCAGAAAUGUCCAACGAAAACUUUUUGCAGUACAACGACUCGCCCUACAAGACCCGGGUAUAGAGAGAUGUCGUCGCAUCUGACUGUUACCACUGGAGGACGUGAGAAAGAAGGAGUAGCCAUUGGUGCUCUUAUCUCGGCAGGAACGGCCGCUUUUGUUCUUCUCGUUGUGCUAGUUUUGUGUAUCGUAUUGUAUCGACGACUACAUCGGACAGACGCAUCGAAUGAGGCGAAUGAUUCAUCAAGAGACUGUGGCACUCACGUCGAAAAUCCGGGUUAUGGCAAGAUUAAAGCUCAGCCUUCCGUCCCGUAUGAUUCCGACAGCGGCAGUGAUUUGGAUGACAGCCCAGCGGUACCGCAACCGCAACCCGCCGUUCACCACGCCAGUCAUCCGCGGUACCAAUAUCAGUUACGUUCGGGCGAUUCGAGCAGCAAGCAGGAGAGCUCCAUUGGUCAUGUCGACGCAGCAUGGAAUACGACGGAUGACGCCGACGGCGAAAAGCCGUCAGCCUUUUGGCAGCCCGGUAAAACGCUUAGUGAACUGUUUGCCCAAUUCGAGAGAAAGCAGUUUCGAAGACUUGUACGCGCGCAACUGAAACUCGACGACAGAGUCAUCGGUGACGGCGAGUUUGGAAAGGUCCAGACAGGUACACUAAAGACGGUAGAUAAAACAGUGACCGUCGCCGUAAAGUUGGCAAAAUCCAACUGUUCGACUGACGACAAAAUUCGAUUUAUGCGAGAAGCGGCGAUUAUGGGACAGUUCAAACACAAAAACAUACUCUAUCUCUACGGAGCUGUACUGCAAGGAGAUCCGAUGAUGAUGGUAAUGGAAAUGAUGUCUAGUGGUGACCUGAAGACUUACCUAGGAUUACUACAAGAAAAGGUUGAUGAAAACACGGAAAGAGAAUGUGUAAAGAUGUGUCGAGACAUUGCAUGCGGAAUGGAGUAUCUUUCAAAAAAGUCAUUUGUUCAUCGGGAUCUUGCUGCUAGAAACGUUUUGAUGGACAGCAACAAGACAUGCAAGAUUGGAGACUUCGGUCUUGCUAGAGACCUGAUCAGUAACAAUUACUACUUUAGUCAAGGAGAGAGAUUUCCACUACGCUGGACCGCACCGGAAGCCGUUCGUCGCGGCAAAUACUCGACUGCCAGCGACGUGUGGAGCUACGGCAUCGUGCUCUACGAGAUCUGGUCUCUCGGCAAGCGACCGUACGGUACCGAAUGGAGCAACGACUAUGUGGUACAACGCAUAAACAGCGGCUACCGCAUGCCGCCUCCGCCCGGUUGCCCCCGACCAAUCUACCAGCUGAUGAUCGACUGCUGGCAUCCUGACCAUCACGGACGGCCUACUUUUAAAAACAUUGUGGAGAGUCUUGAGAGAGGAGUUAUGUUCGGCUUAGUGCACAAGGACAGAAGAGGUGCGCAUGCCUGGCAGGAUGCGCUCGGAGACCCGCUCGAUGGCGCGGAACGAAAGUAUGCCGAUCUACAGGCUGUCUAUCUUACCGGUCGACUAGGCGAGCAAUAAGAGUAGCUACACUGUGGCUGUGACUAGAGCUUUUGGAAACAGACUAUAUACUAAGCAUGCGCGCACCGUAUGAGCGAAUAAUUAGUCCCGGUGUAUCACUAUGAAAUGAAAACUGAAAUCGUCUCGAG